AUGGCGAUGUGGGGGUUGAUCUGCAGGUCGAAGUCGAACCAGUACGAGAGCACGUCGCUGGUGCAGGUCGAGGGGGUGAACACCAAGGAGGACGUGGCGUGGUAUGCCGGGAAGCGCCUGGCGUACGUGUACAAGGCCAAGACCAAGAGCAGCGGCACCUGCUACCGCUGCCUCUGGGGCAAGAUCACCCACCCACACGGCAACUCCGGCAUCGUCCGCGCCCAGUUCAAGUCCAACCUCCCCGCCGAGCCCAUGGUCAGGGCGCAAGGUCAGAGUGUUCAUGUACCCGAGCAGCAUCUAAAGCUAGCAUCUGCUGCACUAUCGCUGAUGAUGUUGGUUUAA